GUUACAAAAAUAAUGUUCAUAGAGAUGUUUCAGCUUCUGUUCACGAUCGUGGCGGUUGAAGCCGCCCUGAUCUUAACACUCGGGUUUGGGACUCCAGUAAGAAGAGUGGUGGUGAAAUUGCUUGACCUGCUGAAGCAAGGCCGAGGACCACUGGUUACAAAGACGGUUGCAGCCACUAUGCUUGUGUUGUUUGGCUCGGUUCUGUUCAGCACGAUUCAGAUCAACACAAGAGUCUCUGAGUCUGGUGGUGUAGCUAACCCGACUGAUCAAGUCAUGUUUGCGAAUCGCAUCCUCGAAUCUUUCCUCAUGGGGACUGUGUUGUUCUUGGCAUUGGUGAUGGACAGAAUGCAUUACUACACCAGAGAGCUUCAAAUCACAAGAAGAAACUUGGAGGUUGCAGUAAAGAAGACCAAAACAGCUGCUUAAUGCAAAAAAAUUGAGAUCUAGAAUUCAACUAUAAAUUUGUAAAUAAUUAUCAAAAUUGAUUUGAAUUUCAAAUCACACAUGUACAUUUCUAACUGAAUCAAGAUCCUCUAUAAAACCCAUAUCGAUAAACUCAAUUAUGUA